UUGGGUGAACCGGACGCAUCAUUAAGUUGAACUCUCUAGAACUAAAAACAAGAACCGCCAUCUAACAUUUCUUGAUGCCCAAGCCAAAGCCACCUUCUCAUGGCAAUCUAUAUAAACCCCCGCUUCCAGCAUCGACGAUAAAUUUUACUACUACUAUUUUUAGCGAAGGCUUUCUGAGUUGAACGCAGAGGUAUUUCGGAUUUAUUGAGAAUCCUCAACCUGAUCAUUAAUUGUUUAAGUCUUGCGAGUUUUCUCAUGUCAUCUCCAAUAGUUGUGGGAACUACCAUUGGUGCUGCUGCUUUGGGAGCUAGAUACUUGAUAAGAGCAUGGCAAACAUUCAAAGCAGCACCUCGAGUGAGGAGGUUUUAUCCUGGUGGCUUUGAAAGGGAUAUGACAAGGCGAGAAGCCGCAUUAAUUCUCGGAGUCAGGGAAAGUGCUGUACUGCAGAAGAUCAAGGAGGCUCACAAGAGAGUGAUGGUUGCAAAUCAUCCAGACGCCGGUGGCAGCCAUUAUCUUGCUUCCAAGAUUAAUGAAGCCAAGGACGUGUUGUUAGGGAAAACUAAGGGAGCUAAUUCUGCAUUCUAAUUGACUAGUAUAUUACUUACACUUGUAUUUCUUAAAAGCUUCAUGAUACUCGUCUUUUUCCGCAAGAAAGGUGAACAUCUUCGAUUCAAAGAAGAGGUAGAUUUGUAUCAACAGCUAGGUGCAUUACUAUCAUAAUUUUCAUGUAAUGCAACCAGAAAUAUUCUUUUGCA